CAAUUUCAAUUUUGUAAAACCCUAGCCCCUACCUAUCCUUUGCUGAAUGAUAAACUGACAGGAAAAAUGAAAACUUCUUGUUAGAAUUUUGCUGUGAGAGAGAAGUUGUAAAUGAUAUAGAAGCAGAAAUAUCAAAUAUAAUUUUAAUCCCACCCAAGUAGCAAAAACGAUUCUCUCUGCACUCUUUCAGCUCUGAAUGGCGGACAAGCCAAGCAAAGUUAUGGUGUAGUACGGUGAUGUUGCCUCGUUUCGACACUCAUUACAUAGCCAUGUUCACCCUUUUGCAUCUAAAGCUUCCUGCGGCUUUUCUUGGUUCAUUUGUGGUUCAAAGUUUCAAUCUUUUUUAUCAGUCUCAUUUUGAAGACUGGUCUCUUAUGGCCAACCCAGAAGCUCACGAGACUGAUCAUAGAAGGAGGAAGGUUUUUGAGUUGAAAAAGGAGUUACAGAGACUUUUAAAGACCAUUCUUGAUGAAGAUGAUUAUGGCAUGCAAGUAACUGAUGAGGCCUUGAGGGUCUUGUCUUGUUUGAAAGAGUUUCACUUGAAGAAAUCUCAUUCUAGUAGUGCUGACUGCUUGGAUGUUCCAGAAGUGUUCAGGUCCUAUUUCUGGAGAUUUUGUGGGCUGACCCUGUUGCUUUGGCUAAUGGCCAGACUUUUGAUUGCCCUUGGAUCCAGAAGUGGCUAAAUGAAGGCAACCGAACAUGCCCUCAAAUCCAUAUAGUCGUCUCCCAUACAGUACUCAUUCCUACUCGCUUGGUGCAUGAAAUUAUUUCACAAUGGCGCCAGGAGCAUGGCGUUGAGCUGCCAAAAGCCAUUCAGGAUAUUGAUGAGGAUUUCGUUACUGAUGUUGACAGAAGCUAUUUUAAUUCAUUGCUUGAAAAGAUGUCCUCUUCUCUUUCCGAUCAAAAAGAAGCAGCAGGUUUUGUUUAGAAACAAGCCCAUUUAAUCCAGUAACAAGCCCAACAUUCCUUCUAUAAAUGCUCUUGUUUAUUCCCCCCGAUAUACACAUUGAUUUGAGUUGAAUUCUGUAAAAAGUUCACGUA